UCACAGAGGAGGGGAUUGGGAGUGGGGCUGUGUCUCCCCACCCUGGUCUUCUCCCUCCCCUCUCCAUUGAGCCAUGGAGCUCAGUUAGAGUCAGAAAAGAGCUCCUGUGGGAUCAGAGCCUGCCCCACCCCUGUCCUUCUGGUCCCCUUCCCUCAACCCGGAAAUUGGACGGGCUGGUGCAGCAAGAGCUAAAAGCCUUGCCAGCCCGGGGCCUGGAGCAGCAGGCAGACAGGAGGAAAGGGGACAGGUAGGGCAGCAUGUCAGCUGGCAGAGGUGCCAGGUGGACAGUGGGAGAGCUGGCUGGAACCGUGGCCUGCAGGUAGGUGGACAGAGAGAUUGCCGAGAGGCAGACGGGCUGAGCCCACACGAUACACAAAGAGGACAUGACAGACAGAUGCAAGACCUUGGAGGUGGCUGCCAUGAGGCUUGGCGUCUUUUCCUUCCUGUGUGUUCUUGGUCUCAGCUGGGCAGACAAAGAGAAGAUCUUUGAUGGUGUUGAAUGUGCCCCCAACUCACAGCCCUGGCAGGUGGGGCUGUUUGAGGGCACCAGCCUGCGCUGUGGGGGGGUCCUCAUCCACCCCAGGUGGGUGCUCACUGCAGCGCACUGCAGCAGCAGCAGGUACUGGGUGCGCCUGGGGGAGCACAGCCUCAGCAGGCUGGACUGGACGGAGCAGAUCCGGCGCAGCGGCCUCUCCGUGACCCAUCCCGACUACCGGGGAUCACAACGGAGCCACGAGCACGACCUCCGGCUCCUGCGGCUGCGCACGCCCGCACGCCUGACCCUCAGCGUCCAGCCGCUGCCCCUGCCCAGCACUUGCGCGACCGCUGGCACCAACUGCCAGAUCUCGGGCUGGGGUACCACCAACCGACCAUGGGAUCCCUUCCCAGACCGGCUUCAGUGCCUCAACCUCUCCAUUGUCUCCACCAACGCCUGCCAAGCCGUGUUCCCCGGGAGAAUCACGGACAACAUGGUGUGUGCAGGCGGUGUGGCUGGGAAGGAUGCCUGCCAGGGAGACUCUGGGGGCCCGCUGGUGUGUGGGGGAGUCCUUCAGGGUCUGGUGUCCUGGGGGUCUGUGGAGCCUUGUGGGCAAAAAGGCAUCCCGGGGGUCUACACCUUUGUGUGCAAAUACGUGGACUGGAUCCGGAUGAUCAUAAGGAACAACUGAGCCACUUCCUCCAUCUUCACCCUUCAAAACGGGUGGCCCUCAGCACAGACACCCAACUCCCUCACCACGUUCACUGUAGCUGGUUCAGGGAACCUCUUAGAACUCUCCUUCCCUUCUGGGACCCGUGCCGGGAUUGGAAGUCUGUGUGGAAUAAAGGCACCAUUACUGAAGGAGGGGA